GUAUUAGGAUUGUUUAGUUUAAUUUUUUGAAGGUAUUUAAACAAUUAGAUUGGUCUAUUCAGUUGCCCUUCAUCAUAGUUAUUACACUCCUAGUGCGAGAGCGUCUGGCUUGUAAUCGGGAACUAGACUUAAAAUAUUAAGUAAUAUUUAGGAGCUAAUGAACGCCCUCCCCCUUAAAUUUUAUAGGGUGAGGACGUUUACUUGAUUCUAAGUGGGUAUUAUCAGCUAUUCAAAUCGAAUUAGUAAAACGCAUUGCUGAGCAGUAUCAAAUUUGAUUGAACAUUAUGGCACAUGAUUUUAACUUGUUCUGUUCAGGAUGUUAAUUUGAUCCAAUGUUUACCUUAUAAUCUAAGCAAAAUAGUCAGUUGCUGAACUAGUAGCACAGAAUGUUCUUAUCACAAUUACUGCUGAGUAUAUUUUGAAAUUUCAGUCCUCUCUCUGAAGGUUUCAAUUGCAUUUUAUCUAAUCUCUCUCGCAUCUGCCCUAAAAUAUUACAUCCAAAUUUUCAGUUCGUUCUAGUCAUGGCUGUCCAAGAAAUCUCGAUUGUAGGAUCGGGGGCAAUCGGUCAAUCUCUGGGUAUCAUUUUUGCAGUUCAUGGAAUAAAAGUAACUUUCUUUGACGCUUUAUUCGAGGCAGACUCCUCUAAUAUUUCAAAAGUUAAAAAUGCUAUAGUUGACAGGCUAAAUGCAUCUGAGUUUCCCAAAAACGCUGAUAAGCUUUUUGAAAAAAUUAGUUUUGCUCAAUCCUUGAGUGAAUGCGUGAAGAAUGCAGACCUUGUUUACGAGUGUGUUUUCGAAAAUCCUGAAAUUAAGCAAAAAGUGAUGCAGGAUAUCGACAAAUAUAUUUCCACUGAUACGAUUAUGGCAUCAUCAACCUCUUGCAUUAUGCCUAGUGUUCUCUCCGCUGGCCUGAAACAUCAAGAGAAUUUCAUUGUCGCUCACCCAGUUAAUCCGCCAUUUUAUUUGCAGUUAGUGGAAAUUGUGCCGGCACCAUGGACCAAAGACUAUGCCGUUCAAAAAGUCAAAGAACUAAUGCUUUUUGUUGGUCAGAAGCCAAUUUGUCUCAAAAAAGAGGCCGAUGGAUUUGCCUUGAAUAGAGUUCAGUAUGCGGUUAUAAACUCAUCGUGGAAUCUUGUCAAAGAUGGUAUCCUGGACCCUGAAGAUGUGGACAGUGUUAUGGUGUACGGUUUAGGACCGCGCUAUGCUGCCAUUGGACCUUUUCAAACAGCGCAAACUAAUGCUCCUGGAGGUUUUAAGGACUAUAUGCAAAGAUACGAAGCAGGAAUGCUCCGGGUGUCAAAAGACGCUGGCUUUGAAAUUGAGUAUGACAAAAAAUCUUUCGAAGAAAUAAGUUCGUACCUGGAACACAAAAUGCCUGUAGCAAACAUGGCAGAAAGCAUUCAGAAGAGGGAUUCGGUGCUGAAACAGAUUAAGAAAAUGAAGCAAGAAUAAUAAACUACGCUAGCCUCCGAAAUAUCCGCAUCCAAUUUGCAGAGGAUCAAUUUCUGUUUGUAAAUAAAUUUAAAAAAUCAGCUACAUAUUUGCAAUAAACAUUUUUUUUUAAAUUCUUCUUGAAAUGGAAAAUUGUUUUCAUUAUUUUAAUAUCUGGAUUCUUUAUUAUUUGUAAAACUUAGAUUAAUUGCUGUGAUUAUUUUGUACACAUUUUUAUAUCUGAGAUGACAUCGCUCUGAUUUGCCCUCGUGUUGAAAUUUGGAGUGAAUAACGAAAUAAAACCGCGAGCAUCCUUUUCAGUUUAGGCAUUUGGCAUAAGGUUUGGACAUUGCGAAACGGAAACGUAAAUUAUGAAUUAACAACCGUUUAUCUUCA